UUCCUAAUCACACAUCCAACAGUUUAACUCGGAUCCUGGCCGGAAACGCACCACCUCCUGCAAUAUUAUGAACUCGCAGGAGCCGAGCCGGGUGAUAAACUGUAACAGAGCACUAGACUGAACACGGAUCCGCGCUCGGACCAUGAAAAUGUAUGCCUGGAUAACGCAGACCAUCGCUUUUGCAUCCUUCGUCCUAUCUUGGGCUGAAACCAUCGAAAGCUACGGAGAGAUUUGUGAAAAUCUCUGCUCCUGCGAAGAGAAAGACGAAGUGCUGGUCGUGGGUUGUGAGAACAGCGAGAUCAUCAGCCUGCUGCAGAUCAGUCCGCCGCGGUUCUCUGUCUACCAUCUCUUUCUAACCGGGAAUCUGCUCCAUCGACUGUACUCGAACGAGUUUAUUAAUUUCACUGGGGUUGCUAUACUACAUCUGGGUGGCAACGAGAUACAGGACAUCGAAGCGGGCGCUUUCAACGGGCUGCGGGCGACUCGGAGGCUGCACCUCAAUAAUAAUAAAUUGGUAGCGAUACGAGAUGAUACUUUUUCUGGACUGGAAAAUUUGGAAUAUCUCCAGCUAGAUUAUAACUACAUCAGCUCGAUCGAAGGCGGUUCCCUCAGUAAACUACACAUGCUGCAAGUCCUAAUACUGAACGACAAUCUCCUCAGCACCUUGCCCAGCAACAUUUUCAAACACGUCCCUCUCACCCACCUUGACUUGCGGGGCAACAGGCUCAAGAUGUUGCCCUACGCGGGGCUUUUGGAGCACAUGGACAGAGUGGUCGAACUGCAGCUGGAGGAAAACCCCUGGAACUGCACCUGCGAUCUCAUAGCUCUCAAGGCCUGGCUGGAGAGCAUCUCUUACACUGCCUUGGUCGGGGAGGUUGUUUGUGAGACGCCUUUCCGGCUCCAUGGCAGGGACCUGGACGAGGUCGCCAAGCAGGAACUAUGUCCCAGGAGAUUGAACAUGGACUCGGAUUGGAAACCCGUGCCCCCUUUGACCACACACGGUUAUUUCUACACCACUCCAGCGCCGGCAACCUCCUUCAUUACUUCUUCGCCUGUAUCCAAGUUCGCAGCCAAGGCCCCUAAAGGCACUCGCCUCCCCAAAGUACCACGUGUGCGCGCCACCUCCAAGGGCCCCUCCUUAAAAGAAGGAUACAACUAUGGUCCAAUUUUCGCCUAUCAGACCAAGCCUCCUGUGCCUUUAGUGUGCCCUCGCCAAUGCACGUGCAACAUGCAGAUAUCCGACCUCGGUCUUAACGUUAAUUGCCAGGAAAGAAAAAUCGAAAGAAUAUCGGAGCUGGAGCCAAAGCCCUAUAAUCCCAAAAAGAUGUACCUCACUGGGAAUUACAUUCUGACCGUGCGACGCUCCGAUUUCUUUGACACGCCAGGAUUAGAUUUACUGCACCUUGGCAACAAUAAAAUAACCGUGGUUCAGGACCGUGCUUUUAUGAACCUGACACAUUUGCGCCGACUUUAUCUCAAUGGUAAUUACAUCGAAAGACUCACUUCAGAGAUAUUUGACGGCCUGCGAAGCUUGCAGUAUCUCUACCUAGAGUACAAUGCCAUCAAAGUGAUAGUGCACGGCACCUUUCGGCCGGUGCCCAGUUUGCAGCUGCUCUUUAUAAAUAACAACCUGCUGAGGGCCUUUCCCGGGGAUAUCUUUCUUGGUUUGAAUUUGACCAGGCUCAGUUUGCGGAGUAACCGUUUCACCUCCCUGCCUGUGGUUGGAGUCCUCGAGCAACUUAAAUCUUUAAUACAGAUCGAGCUGUACGAAAAUCCCUGGGAUUGUACAUGUGAUAUAGUGGGCAUGAAGCUUUGGCUGGAAAAGUUUAAUACUGGCACGCUUAUAAAUGACGUGAUCUGUGAAUCGCCCAAAAGGUUCGCAGGAAAAGACCUGCGAACGAUUAAAUCCGAUAUAAUCUGCCCCGAUUACUCAAAUGUAGUGGUGUCGACUCCCAGUCCCUCCGUUACCCAGUCCACAGAAAUACCCACCACCGCGGCCACCCCGCUUCAGUACAUCUCAGACACCGGCUCGGUGCCGCUCUCCGUCCUCAUCCUGAGCUUACUUUUGGUUUUCAUCACAUCCGUGUUCGUUGCCGCUGGCCUCUUCGUGGUGGUGAUGAAACGUCGGAAAAAGGCCCAGAGCGAUCGGGCCAGCACCAACAACUCGGACGUGAGCUCCUUCAACUUGCAGUACAGUGUUUACAGCCACAGGUCGGCCCCCAAAGCCAAGGGUCCAGUCAGUCAAGUGUACGAGUACAUCCCCCAGCCUCUGGGACACAUGUGCAAGAACCCCAUCUACAGAUCCAGGGAAGGCAAUGCAGUGGACGACUACAGGGAUUUACAGGAGCUGAAAGUCGCCUACAGAAACCACCCAGAGGAGGAGAGGGAGAACCAGCUGAGUAGCCCCACAUACAGCAUCAGCGUCAUAGAGCCACAUGAAGAAAUCUCCACAGUGCAAGAUGUAGAUCAUUUCUACCGUGGGAUUUUAGAACCCGAGAAGGUGUCGCCCAGUGGGAACAGUGUUGACUAUAAUUAUGGCAGCCCACCAAACUAUAAUUACUCACCAAACUAUGAAGUUAGACGUCAAUAUUUACAUCCAGAAGGGAUGAGGGAGACGGUGCUGUAUGGGGCACCCAGUAAUUUAUAUGCUGAGCAAAUUAGAAAUGACUAUCUGGAACUCAAGGCAAAGUUUCACGUUGAGCCAGACUACCUCGAAGUUCUCGAAAAACAGGCCACGUGCAGUCAGUUCUGAGCCAGAGAGUUGUUUAUAUACAGUAUUUAUUUAUAAUUAUCUGGGUUUUUUUCUCUCUGGUUAGCAUCAAUGUUUGAGGUGAAAGUGCAUUGGCACCAGAUUGUCACCUUGAACGGAUAUUUAAACAAGGGGUGUGCAGCACAAACACAUGUCCACUGAAACAUUUGAAUUUGAUCAAGGAUCCAAGGAGUUCAACUGAAGGUGUUAUGAUGGCAGUAGGUAUAAGUAAUCGUUUUGGGUGUUAUUGCUUCUAAAGGGACGUUGCGGUCUUAUUAUCUUUUGGGCUACAAUAUAGUUUUUAACUAAAGUGGCAUUACAUCUAAAGUGUGCUGGUAAGAUUGUUGUUUCUUCACAACACAUUUAUUCAAGUUGAACAUUUUAGUUACAAAAUGGACCCGGUGAACUGCUUCUCAUCACAGAAAAAAAAAUCCCAGGAGUUAACUCCAACCAAAGCAUUUUGCUUAUUCCUAGAUGACAUCAAAAAUAGCGCAUGAUGUUCAGAAAUCCAUCAGUACAUUGCAGCUUUGCUGCAGGACAUAAUAUACCUGUUGCAGUUGAUCUCUGUGUGUUUUAGAUGAUGUACAAUGCACAGUUUCAGUUUGGUUCUAGCUUCAGCCGUCUUUAUAAUUAGGAUCAAAUUGGCCUUCCAGCAAACCUUUGAGGGACUAGCACACCCCUAAUAUUAUUAUGAAGCUCUUAUACUUUAAGUGGAUGUCUUUGUAUGCAUUCUGCACUUUUAAAUUAGAAAGAGACCUCAGGGUCUUUAAUAUUCAUCUCAGAGUUGCACAAAUCAGUGAGUGCACUGGGGCCACGCAGGGCUAUAUGAUGGAUUGUACAAAACUGUAUGUAUUGUCUGUACACUUAAAGGGGGAAAAAAAACUGAAAGGGGUAGUUAUAUUACACCACCAGGUGUUCAAACUGGCUAUUUGUGUGACAUAUUUUUUUUACAUACAAUAUAUAGUUUAACAAAAUAGAAAUUAUAAAUGCAGUUGAAUUAAAAAUAGCAAAUUGUUUUAAGUGGCUAUUUAAAGCCAAAUAAAACAAAAAUACAUUUAAAAACAUUCGUCAGAGAGCAACAUUUUAACAGGGUUUACCAUUAUUCAUUUUAACAGGGUUUACCAUUAUUCAUUUUAACCAGUUGUUAUCAUGGAGUUGCAGUUUUUCAAUUAACCAGAUUUCUAUCAAGAUUUCUGGUAUUCUGCAACCAGAAUAUGAGUUAGGGGUCAGCAGAAUGAUGCAUUUAUCAAGCAAUUUUAGUAAAAGAGGCAGUCAAUAUGAGAUCUGGAAUACUGUUUGAACAGUUUGCAUUAACAUCCCCAGUAGAGGUCUCUACAAAUAUAUGCCAUUAGCUGGUCAGUAUUUAUUCAGUAAUUUUCUAUAUCCAUUGGUUUUCCUCUUUAAAAGUAAUCACCUUGCAUUCAUAUGGGAUUCAAAUAGUUAGGCAUUCCACAAUAUUCCACUCCAUAUUUGUUUGAAUUGAUUGAAAAUCUUGAUUUUCAUAACACUGCUGUGGUAUUUAAAUGUUGUUUCACUGUUCACCACAAUUUUCCCACAUAUAUAAUGUGUGAGAAUUGAUACUGAGUUAAUUUAAUUCAUGAGAUAGUACAUAGCAUCUCCAUGAACUAUGUAGUAAAGCAGGUUUUCAUUUUGGUAUAGUUUACAUUUAUUUAUUUAAAAUACUUUUCUGGGAGAUUUGGCUAAACGCAGAUAUACCUCAAGUAUUUCAGCCAGAAAACAUAAGCAGUUGAAAUACUCUUUGAAAUCUGUCAAAUACAUUUAAAAUAGUUUCUCAUGGAAGUCUUAUGAAAACAAUAUUUAAGUCGAUGACAAAUCACAGCCACUAAUGGUAUUGGAAUUGUGAAAGAUGUUUCAUUAAAAUGACAUCUGAUUUUUUUUUUUUUUAAUGUCAUACAUAUUGUUUCUUUCUCUGAUUAAAUUAUCUUAAUGAUUCAGUAAACCUUUCUCACACUUGCUUUUUUGUAGAUAAUUAACUAUCAUGGCUAAGCCUAAGAAGGAUCCAGGCCUAUGCUUGUGGGAAUUAAAUGUCAGGAUAAUAUAAAUCUAUUGUUACUCAUUAUGAUUUUUUUUUUUUACUGCACACUUAUGGAGAAUAAAAUGCAGGCGGAAGUUCCUUAGAAAUAAUAGUUUUGUUGCAAAUUUACAGGCAUUCUAUUUGCUCGGCCCAGGUGAAAUACAGCAGCAUAUGAUGGAAAUUCAGACUUCUCUCUUUCCUGAAAAUAUUAACAUUUUAUUGACGCACUAAUUGUAUCUCAAAUAUAAAAAAAUCACAGUAUUUAUUCUAUUUUCUUCUUGGUUGGUUUUAUUAACUUUGGUGCAAUAAAACACAACAUAUUUAUCGCAUCCUCACCAGAGAUAUUGUUAAGACUAAUAAAUCACAAUGUAUGUUUGUUAAAGGAGGAAGAGUUUUGAAUGUUCUUUUUAUUUACUUGAACAUAAAUGUAGAAUUACCUCACAUUAAAAUUAUUUCUGGGAAACCUUCUACUUACACAACUCAGAUAGGAUGGAGCAUCUGAAUUAUUGAAUCACCAUACAAGAGUCAGUGCUUAUUUGGCAUAUGCCCCAGAUAUCAAAUGGAACAGUGAAUUCCUUAUUUGCUGCAGCUUUACAGACACUUUCUAAGCAGAAGAAUGCUUUGAAUGCCAGAUGGAAUCCAGUGUUUCUAUUUUACAUUCAUAAAACAU